AUGUGGCGGGCCUCCCUCCACUCCUCAGGGGCGAUGGGCAGCACAUCGGAGCUGUCGCUGCCGGAGUUUGACGCCAUCACGGCAACGCCGCAGCGCAACGUCGAGGGGCUACGGGGGCACAUCCGCUGCCUCGUCGACGCCACCGACAAUGAGAACACGUUGGUGGCGGCGGUUAAGCUCCUCGAGGGGGAGCGGCAGGGGUUGUCGGAGCCCUCCUUCACCACAGCCGACACGCGCGGGGGCGAGAACAACGUUUUCUCCUCCGCGUCGUCGGCGGUGGCGGCGAAGCUCUCACUCAACUGCGACUCACGCCACUCCGUGAGCGAGUCCACCCCCACCCCGCUCAACAGCAAGGUGAACUCCGCGAACCCGGCGGAGCGACCCCUGCUGCUGCAACAGCAGCAGCGGACGGUGAAGAUCGCCGUGGAGGCGGAGGAGGAGGGGGAGGAGAACGUGGACACGGCCGUAAACCGCCUUGAGGCGAAGGGCGAAAAGGAGGCGGAGGUGACUAAACAUGUCGUGGCGGAGGAAGACGCCGCAUCGCCCCCACGACCGCCUCCGCUCGUACGCAGUGGGGAGCCGCAAUUUAACUACGGGCGACGUGCGGCGGUGUCGGCGGAGUCCUUGCCGCUGAAUGCCAUACAAGGCUACCGCCCGCCGGUGGUGCCAAAGUCGCCUGAGGAGGAGUGCGUCGUCCGGGCCGGCGUCAUGUCGUGCCACCUUUUCAGUAACAUGGACAGCAAGGAUCAGACCAUCAUCGUUCAGGCGCUGCGGCGCGAGACCUUUGCUGCUGGGACGGACAUUCUAAAGCAGGAUGGGGCCUCCGUGGAAAAGUUGUUCCUUCUCACACGGGGCUCAUGCGAAGUUAUCAAAAAUGGAAAAAUGGUACAUACACUGCUUGAGGGUAGCACCUUUGGCGAGAUGGAAAUGAUGUAUAACCUUCCCACCUGCGUGGCAACCGUUCGAAGUGUGACCAACUGUGUUCUCUACACACUUGACCAGUUUACCUACCAGCACAUUGUGCUUGCUGUCUCGCUGCAUAAGCGCAAUAAGUACGAGGCGCUGCUGCGUAACGUAAAAUUUCUCAGUGCCUUCUCCAACUAUGACCGCAUGCAAAUAGCCGAGGCCCUUGUGCCAAAGUCGUAUCGCCAGGGCGAUUACAUCAUACGAUUUGGGGAGGCGGGUAAGUGGAUGCACCUUAUCGUGGAGGGUGAGGUGUCGGUUGUGGGGCGGCAUCGCGGCAAGAAGCGGGAGAUUCUGCGGCUGCGCGAGGGCGACGUCAUCGGGGAACUGGAGUUUUUGUUUAACGAACUCACGGUGGCGGACGUCAUUGCGGUCUCGCGGCGGGUCACAACGGCCCGGAUUAGGCGCAAGCACUUUGAGUUGAUUACGGGACCCAUCCAGGACCACCUGAAGGAGUACGUUGCCACCAGCGGCAAGUACACCUACUACCUGGAGGAGGCGAACGCGCAGGUGAAGGCCGAGUUAAGCGUGCUUGAAAAGCGCUCCAAACGCAUGGCCAGCCAGGCAGAGCGGGAGAAUACGCUGCUGGAUCAGGUGGAUGUGGGCGGAGAGAUUGUGCUCCCCAUACCAAAGGAAAAGGUCUUUGCGGCAGAAAAGGGCAUUGCCGUGGAGCAAACAACUGAGACGACGGUAAACGUCAAGGACCCCGUCAACGACCCACGAGCGGAAGCGGCCCCGCCGCAUGUUCUGUUUCGCUACCCACUGAUGCCGAUGCAUGAGAACUCGUUGGCUAUGAUUGCCCUCUGCGAGGAUGGGUCCAUCCUGCGCUGGAACGAGAUGAUGGUGCGCCUCACGGGCUACACCGCGGAAGAGGCCGUUGGCCAGCACAUUUGCUCCUUCCUGCUGGAGACGAAGGAUCAAAAGGCGAUGCAUCAAGCCGUCUGUGAUGCAAGACGCUAUGCAGGCGACACCGAGGCCUUUUUUGACGAAAAAGCCAGCGGCUUUCGUCGGGUCUACACCUUCGCCCGAUCGGACGGCAUAACCAAGGUGCAGCUAAAACUUGGUGUUAUACCUCCCAUCGUCUCCCACGGCAAGGAUGCCGCGGAAAUCGUCUUGGCUGUUGGCGAGGAACAGAGCUUUGAGUCGCAGCAGGUGCUUGAUAAGUCGCAGCUUUUGUUGGACCAGAUCAGCGACGUCCUGCGCGACGGCGAGUGCAGCUAUGAGGAUCGCCUGCGUCGUAUUGCGGCGGUGCUGAGCGGGUUUGACUUCACCUGUCGUGCGAUGAUGGCCUCAACGGUGAAUGUGCGGGAGGUGAACAUCCGGCAGAUGAUUGGGCAGGUGAUUAUGGACUACGGCGCCCAGUGCGUCUCCCGCGGGGUGGCCGUCUGUCAGCGCUUUGAGGGGCUCUACGCGGAAAACGCCUACCUGAAUGCGAAGACGCUGCCAGAGUGUCUGCGGUACGCGAUGAGCAACUGCGCCGAGCACCUCAGUGGGGCGCAGGUGACAAUCACAGUGCGUCCCACGGAGGCCAACGGCACGGAGUUCCUGGAGGUUGAGUUUCACGACAACGGCCCUGGGUUCCCCGUGGAGCUGCUUGACGACUUUUAUGACGGGAACGUGUCUGAAGCGACGACGCAACUUCGCCGCGUGCGGGAGGCCAUGGAGUGGCAGGGUGGAAGUAUGGUCAUCGACUCUGUGCCCGGUGACACGAAUGUGCGGUUUAUAGUUCCUUUUGUUCCCGCGCAAGAAAGGCUGAAUGACACCUUGGCGCACCACGUAAAGGCGCUCGACACCUCGCUGAGCCAGAUCCAUGCGGAGAGUGGCACGAUGCAGGAGAGCGCCACCACCUCCGCGAGCAGUUACAGCUUGCAGAGCGGCAGGCGCCUUCCCACUGCAAGGCAAACAUUUACGACGGUGGUUGUGGAGGAUGUUCCGGCGCAUCGUAACAUGCUGUGUAGUUUCCUUUGGGAACGCAAGCACGCCGUCCUCCCCGCCUACAACCUUGACGACAUUGAGCAGUUGGUUUCUGUGGUGGAUAUCCUGUUUAUUGACCCGCAUCAAUCCAUCUUUGGGGGAAGCAAUAACGCGGUUGACCCCAUUGCCCUGUUGCGUGAAAAGGCACGCCGCAUGGCGGUCGUGGUCACUGCCGUCGACAUGGACAAGGACAGUGCAAAGGCGUACCAAACGGCAGGGUUCCUGACGCUUAAAAAGCCAUGUAACCCGAUACAAGCCCUGCAGUGCAUUCGCAAGGCGGAGGAGAUGAUUUCGCAGUACAAACUCGAGGCUGAACGCAUCGCCCAGACGCGUGAGACGCUCUCAAAGAACAGUCGUGGGGCCUGGCAGCGUGGAAAACUGCUGGGGAAGGGCAUGUUUGGUGAGGUUUACGAGGCAACGGAGGUGUUAACAGGCGGAAAGAUGGCUGUGAAGGAGAUGAAGCUGGGGCGACGCAACCUCCAGAUUGACCAGUUUGUGAAUGAGGUUUCAGCCAUGUGCAAUCUGCGGCACCCCAACAUUAUUCAUUACUUUUACUGUGAAGAGAAUAAGGAGGAAAAGGUGAUUCGUGUCUUUAUGGAGUAUGCCUCCGGUGGAAACCUGCAGCAGCUGUUGAAGACGAAGGGGAAGUUGAAUUUCAAGGAAUUCCAGUCCCUCCUACGCGACGUGGUGGAGGGUGUGGCGUAUAUUCACUCCAUGAAUUACGUGCAUGGAGACUUGAAGACGGCGAACGUGCUACUAAGUGCAGAGGGAAAAGGUAAAAUAGGUGACUUUGGUACCGCCCGGCACGUUCAAGAGGGUGAACUGCUGUACAAGAUGCAAGGCAGCCCGCUUUACAUGUCGCCUGAGUGCCUGGCCGCGAGCGACCGAGACGAGGAUGGGGUUCUCAUCGGAUACAGCUUUCCCAGUGAUGUCUGGUCGCUUGGGUGCAUCGCGUUGGAAAUGGCAACGAAUAAACCGCCCUUUUCACACCUGAAAAACGUUACCGGACCCGUGGGACUGCUGGCGUACGUCACGAAUCUGCACGACACGCCUGACCUUUCCCCACUCUUUGACGGCCCGCCGAGCGUUGUGGAGUUCGUCUCCGCCUGCCUUAACCCGGAUCCCUCCAAGCGGGCCACGUCGUCUCAGCUGCUGCAAAUGUCCAUCUUUAGCGAGACCACGGAUGAGGACAUGCGGUCGGCCUUGAAGGCGCUGAAGCGGGCCCAGCUGCUACAUGUGCUGAACAAUUUUGUUGCCUUUGAGGAGCCGGAGAAUCAGGAGCGGCGUUGCCUUCAGCCUCUCUGUCGCUGUCAGAAGCAGCGGGAGGCCGAGUUCUGCGACUCCUGCUUUGGCGGCGACUCGUCCGCGGCGGGCGAGGGCGGGAAAGGAGCGAAGAAGAAGAAGGAAGGGGAAGAGGAAGAGGAAGAGGAAGAGGAGGAGGACGGCGGCAGAGACGGCGGCUGCCAAACGAAGGAGGGAUCGGCUUCCGUCCGGACGGCGCCGCGACUCCCUCUGCCCCUCGCCACUGAGGACAGUAACGGCGACGGCGGCUGCCACCGCUGCGGGACGCGUAGCCCGUGCGACGCGUCCCUCCCCGCGCGUCGCUCCCGCACGAAGUCCGGAAGUUUGCCGUGCAGUCCCCCCCGCGUGGACGAGGAUGUCUUUUUUGCGUCCUCCGCCUCCGCCUUUUCGUCGGCAGGAAGGGAAGAGGAAGAGGAAGGGGAAGGAGAAGGGGAGGCGGCGGAAAAGGCGGAGGCGCCCGUGGCGGGCGAGCAGGAGGGCGGGAACGACGAGAGGGGCAGCGCGGCCGUGACGGGGGUGAAGAGGUGUUUGUCUCACACGCCGACACCCGCGUGGGCGGCGCGACGGGAUGAUUUUCUUGCAACCUUCGCGCCCACGCUAGGCUCCUUUGCGCUCGGCAACCACUCCAUCGCCUUUAUGGGGCGCAGCAUUGACAACCCGAGGGCGGGUGCCGCCGAGGAUCUUGGCUUGCAGGAGGGUCCGCUGCAGGAUCCCAAAACGCCACCGCACCGGCAGCCGCAGGAGCCGGAGCCGGAGCAGCGAGCCCGCCACCUGCAGUACGACAACAGUUUCGUGCGCAGGGAAUCCACGCAGCCGUUUGGGCGGACCUAUCGACGUUUGUCGUCCUCCAGGUUCUCUGCCCCGCGCCCACCGAAGCCGAGAAUCAAGAACAUGUUUUUGGUGGAGGAGUUCCAGGCGGUGCGAGAGGACACGAACUCGGAAUCACCGUCUCCCCGCGCACGCACGCAUGGAUCGCGUCCACAUCGCCCCGGGCGUCUCGGCAGCACCCCACGGCAGCGUCGAUUUGCCGUUGCACCGCACUUGGCGUCACCCUCGCCAGCGUCUCCCACGCGGGGAACGGAAGAAAAUGCGCGAUUCGUGCUGUCGUCCGGCACCUCGGCGGAGGCCGACCCAUACUCGUCGUCGCCAGCCCCUUCCCUGACUCCGAAAGGGGUCGCGUCGCUCGGUAGAGAGAUGACGUCGCUGCACCACACCGUACUGGAGCUGCUGGAGCGACUGAGAGAGGUCAGUUCACGGGAGGUGGGGGAGCCUGGGCGGUUGCAGUCUCGACAGACGACAGGCGUGUGCUCGUCGCCGAAGAGUUCGGAGUGCCGAGAGGAAGAGGCUGGCGUGGGCGACAUCGCGGCGGCGAUUCGCGACUUGGUGGGGCGCGUUGAGAAGGAAUUUGCGAUCUUAAAAUCCCACAUUGGUAUGGUGUGA